CCGGGAGCUACCGCGACGGAUGAGUAAAAUCGGCCAAUGAACGUUGCGAAUGACGUUUACUGGGACGCAGAUGCUUUUGACCAAUUGGUGGUCUUGAGUUUGUCUGACCAGAGGCUGACAGUCUUGCCAUGACCAGCUAUCAUUCACAAUUCGUUCAGGCUUCCAAUACAGUGGGCAACAUGGCCCUACUUCCUUUGCGCACGAAAUUUCGUGGGCCUGCCCCGGCUAUGCCAGACCUGGAGAAGGAUAUAAUUGACGAAGCCCUCUAUUUAUUCAAAUCACUUAUUUUCUUACGUCAAUACGAGAUCAAGAGUGAAGCCGAUCGUGUUCUGGUGUACCUCGUCCUCUACACUUUAGACUGCCUGAAGAAGAUUCAGAAGUGUCCGAACAAAAUUGUGGCAACCAAGGAACUCGCUUCACUGGCACUCGCUCGGUUUGAUAUUCCUGGUGAUCCGGGAUUCCCGCGGGAAUUGAAUAGCCUGUAUGCGAAACCGAAAAACCAAAGCGAAUCAGAUACCAUGAGGAACUACAUAACCCAACUCCGUCAAGAACUCGGUUCUCGCUUGGUUGAGCUGGUAUACCCUGGUGACAACUGCCCACCCAGCAAGGGAUGCCCACUCUCUCCAUUCCCUUUUAACUUUGUGAUCGAUGAAAUAAUGAGACGAACGCUGGAGUGUCUUCAAAACCCUGGUGUUCAAAUAGCCUGCGAAGAAAACCUUGUCUAUCUGGAAUAUGCAGACGACAUCGUUCUCAUGUUCGAAGAGGAGGAGAAGGCGCAAGUAUUCUUGGAUGAACUGACCAAAGUCAUCCCGUCCUUUGGUUUGCACUUUGCACCCACAAAGUGUAAGGUCAUGCUUGUGGACGUGCAGUCACUGAACACGCCACUUACGAUCCAGGGAGAGGCACUGGAAGUUGUGGAGCGUUUUACGUAUCUUGGAAGUUGUAUUAGUUCUGACUGUAGUGUGACAGAUGAGUGGUGGACGUGCUUCUCUAAGCGCCGAUUUCUGGACCAAACCCUCACCCCCCCUGGCGUCUUGUGAUGGCCAACGUACCCUACGGAAGAGACAAACAUCCAACAGCUCUAUCGCAUGCUUUUUUUAACGUUUCGUUUUCAGACUUCUUCUGAACACUAUUCUUAUGACUUCACUGCAACAAUUGUCGUCUUUUGACCGCUUUUGUCGGCUUGCUCAAAAUAAAAUGCCAUACCCAGCCCGUACCCGAUUGACCGCUCGUUGUCAUCACUACUAUCGUUCUAUCCGUUUCUUAUUCCCGUUGAUACAACUCCAAGCAGUACCGUUUAUUUCGGGAGGUGUAGAAAUAUCCGCUGAUAUAAU